UUUGCUAUCCUGACGGUUCAAAAAAAAGCGACGAGGAAAAAGUGCCCGUAGCAAGGGCAGUGUCCCAAAAUGGGUAGGACACCUUGUUGUGAGAAAGUUGGGUUGAAUAAGGGUAGGUGGACUAGAGAAGAAGAUGAAAGGCUCGUCAAGUAUAUUCAACAACAUGGUGAAGGCUCUUGGAGGUCUCUUCCCAACAAUGCUGGUUUACAAAGGUGUGGAAAGAGUUGCAGAUUAAGAUGGAUAAACUAUCUGAGGUCUGACUUGAAGAGGGGAAACUUCACUGCUGCUGAAGAAGAAACCAUUGUGAAAUUGCACACAUCUUUGGGCAACAGGUGGUCAACCAUAGCAAGCCAUUUGCCGGGACGAACAGAUAACGAAAUAAAGAACUACUGGAACUCCCACCUCAGCCGCAGAAUUUACAGUUUCAGGUUCAUCCGGAACGGCCACGCGCCGCCGUUGUCCGACACCGCCGCCGCCGCCGCUUCACGGAGGCGAAGAGCGGGGCGUGUGAGCCGAUCCGUGGCCAAAAAAUACAACACCCCAUCCCACCCCACCGCCGCAUCCAAUAAAUGUGGCCCCCAGCUGUCAAAAACACCCGACCCCACCGCCAGCUGGCAACCGCCGCCGGCCUGCCCCGCCGGCACCGGUGGAGGUUUUGAUGAAGAUCCGGCGGUAAUUAAAGCGGAGUGCCCCAGAGGAGGGUGCGGCGAUGCGACCGCCGCGGAAAUGUACACGUGUCAGAUUCCGGCCGCCGGAGACUCGGUGUUUUACGGUGACGAGGAAUGGGUAAACUGGAUUAUCGAUAAUGACGAUGAUGGGUUCGGAGGGUACGAUGAAAUUUGGGAAGGAUUAGAUGACCUUGUGCUGUGGCCAUGGGAUAAUGACCCUAAUAAUAAUACUACUACUAGUAGCUAAAGUAGGGUAGUUUAAGGUUAUUUAUCAUAAUGCCGGCAGCGGAAAAUCAAGGCGGUGGUCAGGGGUGUGGCGGCCGGAUCCAAACAGAUCUAAUGUCUCCCCUUCUUAUUUUUUCCCGUCACCCAAGAUUGGGAGCACCGGAAAACCGAGGCGGUGGUCGGAGGUGUGUGGCGGCCGGAUCCGGACAGGUCUAAUGUAGUAUAAUCUCCAUCACCUCCGCCCAUUUAAUUUUUCUUUUUUCCCAAAGCUUCCCAUAUUUGUUUAUAGUUCUAACUAUAAUUUCCCAGAUUUCCCCAAUUCCUCAAUUUAAUUUUAUGUGUAAGAAAGUUAAUUUUUGUGUUAAUAAUGGUUGAAGGAGAUGUAUGAGGGUUCAAAGAAGGAAGUGAGGAUUGAGGAUCGGAAGAGAGUAGGCAUAAGGGUAAUAUGGGAAAGUCAAAGACAAUUUCAAGUUUUCUUAAAGUGCGUGCCGGGUCAAACCGGGAACUUCUUUUUUGGACGGAGGGAGUAUAUUUUUUAACAUUUAUUUGAAUUAAAACUAAUUAAAAAAAUAUUUCAUUGACAUUAAAGAACAAUGGCAUAAUGCGAUUAAUUAUUAGAAGGAAUAAAAAAGAUACUAUUAAAAAUAAGGUACAAUA